GAUGGGCCACCAGUUCAGAACGCCACUGCGCUCAAAGAAUAUUGGACAAAUAGCUUUAACUGGAAUAUUGCGCAGUCUCAUUUGAACGAGCACCCGCCGCAGUUCACGACUACAAUUGACGGCGUUGGAAACUACUCGCACAGCAUUCCGCUCCACUUUGUCCACCGCCAAUCUCCCAGAAAAGAUGCCAUUCCGCUGCUGUUCGUGCACGGUUACCCAGGGUCGUUUCUAAAGGUCGAUCGUGUUAUUGACAGGUAUAUCGAUCCUCCCUCUAACGAAACGGCGUUCCAUGUAGUGGCUCCUAGAUUGCCGGGAUUCGGUUUCUCGCCGGCUCCCGAGUAUCCUGGCCUAGGGCUCCGGGAGGCUGGUCAAGUCUUCCACAACCUAAUGUUGCAGUUGGGAUACAACAAGUAUAUUGUCCAUGGUGGUGAUCUUGGCUCUCACACCGUGCGCUACAUGGCCAUCGAUCAUACUGAGAGCGUUCGAGCACUUCACACCAAUCUUUGGCAUCCAGUGCCUAAUAAGAAUGAUGUGGAGAGAUUCAAUGCUAAAAACUCUACGGCAGAGGAGGCAUUUCCCAUCAGCGUUUUAGCAACGUCCAGGCUAUCAUAUCUGGGCCAGCGGCAGGUCUUUGAGAACCAAUCUCUACAGUGA